AUGCCCAGUUUGAUUCCCCGUCUUUUCCCCAAGUUCUGGGCAACUUCAAAUUUCGACGUGGCCCCAAUUCGCUUUGAUGAAGUUAGGGAUGCAUUCACUAGCCUGAUCAAGGAAGCAAGCUCUUCGGAAAGUAAUUUCUGUUUUUUCAUUGACGGACUGGACGAGUUUGAGGGUGAUGAGGUCGAUCACUGGAGGCUUUCUCGAGAUCUUCUGUCUUGGACAGCACAAGCAAAGAAUAUCAAAUUUUGUGUCAGCAGUCGCCCUCAUAUUCCUUUUGUUCAGUCCUUCGCGAAUGACUUGAAUCGUCAAAUUAGUAUCCACGAGCUCACCCGAGAGGAUAUUUUCAAGUUUAGUGUGGCCAGGUUUGAAAAGGACCCCAACUUUCACCGCAUCAAGGACUCAUAUGAAGACUUGGUCAUUGAGAUUGUGAAUGCCUCGGAUGGAGUAUUUCUCUGGGCGCGUCUGGUUGUGCGCUCUCUCUUGAAGAGUAUAGGAUAUCAGGGCAGCGAGAAAGACUUGAAAAGAAAGCUUCGCUUGAUGCCCAAAGGACUGGAUGAGCUAUUCGAUGGGAUCCUUAGCUCUAUAGAUCCGGACGAUCAGCUGCUCUCGGACCGAUUAUUCCUCUUGACGACUCCCCAUUUCUGCCGGUCGCAGCCAAUCAUACUGAAUGCGAUAGCAUACUCAUGGCUCGAGGACCUCGAGGAUCCGGGGUUUCCUUACGAAGUACCGAUGAGACCCUGUACAGUGAGUGAGAUCAAUGAGCGAAUUGAUCGCGUCCCGUGUGUGUUGGAUCGCCUUUCUCGUGGCCUGCUAGAGAUGUCCACAACUGGCAGCCGUGAAAUACGCGGACAUGAUUAUUUCACCUAUCGAGUGCAGUUUCUCCACCGCAGUGCCCGCGACUACAUUGUGAAUACCCGGGAAGCGCAAAUGCGAGCCCGUAUACCUGACUUUGAUGUCUACUCCGGGAUAUUUCGAUUGUUACUGGCAGAAUUCAAAUUUGCGCUAUUCACAAGAGAGGAUAUGCAACCGGCACAUUGGGAAAAAGACGGCCCUUUAAGAAUGGCUCUCGAUACGCUUUUUAGUGUGAUGUGUGCUGCUCAUGCACAUUGCGGAUACAACGUGCCGUCACGUUUCCUCGAGGAGGCCAACCGCAUUGUUCAGCAUCAUACCCAAACGGUAGUAUCAAGAAGAAAAGUUCUCCCCGGAAACGAGAUCCCAGAGCCUGAAGGUCACAUCUUUGGGCGGAAAUUUGAACGCAUUGGUCGUCAAUGGCUCACAUUAAAAUCAUCGAAUCAUUCCCCCGAUUAUCUAUGCGAGGUUGUUCAGCGCGGUCUAGAGCAGUUUCUCUCGCCUGAUCUGAUGAGCCUCUUGAAACACCAGAACUCAAUCUCGGGUCCGAAUUUACUCCUUGCUGCUGCUGCUAUGAAAGUUACAAGCGUGGAAUUUGUACGGGAGCUCCUACGUGAAGGACGGACCCCUCGAGAGAUGGUGACCAUGGAGCCAAUCCACGCGAUUGACAGAGCAGAGCCAAUACCAGCCACCCAAGCUACCGUUUCUGUGUGGUUGAUGUUUCUAUAUUGCGUCGUCGAGCAUUACCUCUUGGCUCGUUCUAUAACUGACGCAGAAAAUGGAUGUCUUGAGGAGUUCUUGCAGUACGAUGUUGAUCGCGACGUGCUGUUUGUCGUGAGAAUAUUUGCCUCGUCCGACAAACCAAACGAACCGGCGGAUGAUGACCAGGCGCCCGAGAGGAAAAGCGGCGAAUUGGACGAAAUCGUGGCAUUUGACUUGCUGGAAUUCCUAGAGUUGGUGGAACCAUCCAAGAUGAAGAGCCUGCGCAUGAAACUUUCGAGCAACGGAACCCGAUCAGACCGACACGAAGUGAUGCCCAUUUCCGGGCCUCCAAUUGCGUAUCGAAGAGGCUCUCUAUCGAAGGCGCUUAGAUCAAUUGUUGCUCCAGACAAUAGCAUUGUUGACCUUGGGUUUUUAUCACAUCUCUGCCUUGAAAGUGUUAUCACCCCUUCCGAGCGGUUGGACGUGCCCUUCGCUUUCCGGAUCAGCUAA